GUAUAGGACUAUAAGCAGCAAACGGGAGUCAUGGAGUCUACCCUGCACUCUAAAAAAGUUCAAGGAAGCAAAACGAACACACCUAUCGAGGUGCACCCCCGAGCAGAUGCCAUUCGCUCUAAGCUGAUCUAUACUUUCUACUUGAUUGAUCACCUGCAUGGCCUGAGUCAUGCUGUGCACCACAACAUACGAGAUUUCCUAGACCCCAAGAAAAGGAAGAAGCUCAUGCUCACAGACCACCACCAGCUGGUUCGGUUUAAUGUGAUGCCUGUCCGGAAUGUGAUGGUCACUCAAGAGAAACGCUGGCGCAACCGUAUUGAGGUACGCUGCAGUCACUGGCCCCCAUUUGCCUUGUGGGCUUCUUGGCUCUUGAACACCAAAAUGUUCAAUCAUUUCAUCAUCUUUCUCAUUGCUUUAAAUAUGGUGGUGCUCAUGAUUUCAUCAGAAAUAGUGGAGAGGAAGGAAAGCCAUUUUGUAAAACUGAAUAUAACAGUGGAGGUGAUUGUUUGGGUCAUUGUGCUGGUCUUUUGGGGUGAGAUUAUACUUCAUUGGACUGUCAGUUUUCAGCAAUACUGGACAAACCCUUGGAAUGUCUAUGACUUCACAGUCACCUUCAUAUCCUUUGUCCCUGAGUAGGUUUGUCGUGUGUUACGCUGCUUAAAGCUUUUCUCCAGAAUCCAACAGAUCAGGGUCCUCAUCAUGUCCAUUGCCAAAGCACUGAAAGCCAUGACCUUCAUCCUUGUGCUCCUACUCUUCUUCUUCUAUGUCUUUACAGUAUCGGGCAUUUUCUUCUUUGAAACAUUUAGUCGCUCAGACCUAGAAGGCCUCGAGUAUACAAUGUAUUUUUCAGACAUACCAAAUUCCCUUGUGACAAUUUUCAUUCUCUUCACCAUGGAUCACUGGUACGCAUUGUUGCAGGACAUGUGGAAAGUCCCAGAGGUAAACAAGGUUGUCAGUGGUGUCUUUAUUUGUGUGUGGCUUCUCAUUGGGGCAUUCAUCUUCAGGGACAUCCUUGUGGCUAGCAUGGUCACCAAUUUCCAGAACAUUCGAGGUAACCUUACUGAGGAAGCUAAGGAGAUUGAGACCCAGCAACAAGCAAACGAAUUUAAGCUGGAGCUCCUGGAAAUGAGAAACAAUCAAUACCAGGGACAAUCCUAUAAGUGCAACAUGUUACCAGAAAAGACGAGCACAGAGUCAGGAUCAGCAAUUCCAUCUGGAGAGGAUCCGGAGUGCAGUUUACAUGACUUUCACACUGGGCGAUUGGAUUGGGAGUCCUACGUACACAGGAACCUGCCAGGUCUAUAUGACGCUGAUGAGUCUGAGAAAGUAGUUUGGCCUCAAGAUACGCUCUUCCGCUACUUUGAGCUGCUGGAGAAGCUGCAAUACAACCUGGAUGAGCGGCGACAACUUCAGGACUAUGCUGUCUUAGCUUUGUCAAACCUUGAAGAUAAAUAGAAGGAAUAUUGGAUGUACCAACAUGUCUUUCUUAACCAAUAAGUAAGCCAUAUUUUGUUGUGUUCACCUGAUCCUACCCCAUCACCAUCCUGCUGCACUCCUGUUGAAUUAAACAUAGCUGUUUAAUGGUGGAAUAAGACCAUUUAAUAAAGGUUUUUUUUUCAAA